CAGAAACAUGAGAGGCUCCUCACACUCCCAGAAGUCCCUAUCGGUGAGCAACUCCAGCAGUGUGCGGGUGCAAAGUCCAUCUCCUUCCCGCUGUAAGGGAUCCUCCUACAGCCGCGGUCGUAAUGGGUACCAUGGUGGUGUGUCUGCUGUUGAGGUUGGCACAGAGAUCCACCAGCAGCAUGCAAACGAGAAGGAGGAAAUGCAUGAAGUGAAUGUUCGCUUUGCCGGUUACAUUGGGAAGGUGCAGGCCCUGGAACUGAGGAAUGCCCAGCUGCAGGCAGAGCUGAACGCACUGCAGGGCCGCUUCAAGGGAGGCCCUGGUGGGCUCGGAGAAGAGUAUGAGAUCAAGUUCAAGGAGAUGAGGGAUCUGAUCGAGGCCCUGACUGCACAAAAGGGCGCAGCUGACAUUGAGAGGGGUUACAUCGAGGAGGAGAUAGACGUGUGGAGGCUCAAACUGGAGGAGGAGAUGGCCCUCAAAGAGGAGGCAGAGAUGAUCCUGCUAGAGUUCCGUCAGGAUGUGGAUAAUGCCACGCUGCAGAAAGCCGACCUGGAGAGGUGUGUGGAACAGCUGCUGGCCGAGAUUGAGUUCUUGAAGAAGCUGCAUGAUGAAGAGGUUGCUCUUCUCAUGAAGCAGAUUGAGGAUUCCAAGGUCACUGUGGAGCUGGACUCAGACCGGCCUGACCUGGCUGCCUACCUGCGCAACAUGCGUGCUGAGAUUGAGGCCGUGGCUGCUCGCAAUGUCCAGGAGGCAGAGAAGUGGUACAAGGGCAAAUUCGACACACUGAAACAAACAGCCGGCAAACAUGAGGACCAGAUGAAGACCAUGAAGGACGAGAUCACCACCUUCCACAGUCAGGUGACUGAACUGCAGAAUCAGAUUGAUGGCCUGAGAGCCAGUAAUUCUGCUCUGGAAGCGCAGCUGGAAGGCAUGGAGGCAGCUCACCAAGACAAGGUGGCAGGACUGGAGGACAUCAUUGAUCAACUGGAGAACCAGCUCUGUGAGACCAAGAUGGAGAUGAGCAAAUACAUGCAGGACUACCAAGAGCUGCUACACAUCAAGCUGAAGCUCGAUGCUGAGAUCGCCACCUACAGGAAACUGCUGGAAAGCGAGGAGAAGAGACUGGGAAUCUCUACAGAAGUCUCUGAAUCCGGGAACAUGAAUUCAUCCGAAUCCUCAGGAACAGGAGUGUCAUCCUCUGUGUUUUUGUUGGUCGCAUGGUGAGUUGUUGCAUCCAGCAAUUGAUCAACAUGGCGUCGUCAGAUGACCCCACGUCCGAUCUUCACGGUGUAUGUCAGAGGCCCUGUCUUGGACAGGAUCUCACCACGCUGCCAUUUCUGCUUGGACUGUCGGUAAUCCCUUGCCAACACUUGUUGUCCAAUUACAACGUUUCUGACAUGUAGUGGUCCAGCUUUGAUGGACUGUCAGCGUCACAUCUCUGCGUAGGUCAAGUUUCAGCAAAUCUAGACGUGACCUCAGUCGCCUUCCCAUGAACCAUACAGCUGGAGCUUGACCUGUUUUAGCAUGGUCAGUGUUUCUGUACGCAUGUAGGAACUUUGCCAUCUUCUCAGGCAGUGACACCUGAGUAUUGCCCAUUGUUUUCAUUGACUGCUUAAACGACUGGACAAAGCGCUCAGCAAGCC